CCUGUGCAUUAUCCGCCCAGCGUGUGGGUGUCGCUGUGUUGGGAGGUCCUCCAGUGUAUCUGUAACGUGAGGCCUGGGUUGCGUAAAUGUAUGGACCGGGUUGGACCUGGAAUUGAAGCCUGUCCCGGGUGAGCGUGGUGGACGGUCGGGUUCGGUCUCGGUCUCGGUCAGUGAGGUAUCGGACAGUGCCAACGCGCAGGGGGAGAAGGGGCAGCCUGGAAAGGCCGACUCUGCGCCACAGGACAAGAUUGUACAAAAUGCCUACUGCAGGAGUUCCUGCAGUUGAUGAUUCAGCAGGUUGCCACAGACCAGUAGUGGCAGAUUCUGAAGUUCAUUUCAUCCCACCGGCUCCCCAGAGCUUUCGAGACGAUGGAUUCUUGGCUGAUUACCUGGAUGCUUCUGCUGAUGGUGACACCUCUGAUAGUGGACCAUCCACUUCCACUGCCUUCCAGCCUGCUGACACGAGGAGCACUCAGAAAGUUCUCCAGAUUGAUCGGCUGCAGAUCCAAGCCGUCGAUCAGAGUGCCCAGGCUCUGGAGCUGCAAGGUCUCGGAGUUGAUGUCUACGACCAAGAUGUAUUGGAGCAAGGUGUUCUUCAGCAAGUGGACAGAGCGAUUAGUGAAGCCAGUCAAGCUGCCAAAAGGGCAGAAGCAGAAAAAGAGUACUGUUCUGUUUUAGAUGAUCUGAGGUCCACUACUGUCUAUCUGAAGCAAACAGAUAAGAUCAUUGAGCAGUUGACUCCACAUGCUGCUGUGAGCAAGGACGUAAAGAGAAAGCUGGAGUCUGUGAAAAGACAGAGAGAGAACAAGGAGAGACAGUUGAAAAAGAUAAGGGCCAAACAGAAACAUCUCCAAGCCGUGCUCAGCGGUGCCGACAUUCAGAAGCUUGAAGCCGAAUAUGAAUCUUGCGAUGAAGAACCAGGUCCAUCAUCAUUUGGAAGUAUGUUAAUGCCAGCACAAGAAACAGAAUGGGAGCAUCUAAUCCGCACUGGACAGAUGACACCUUUUGGCACUAAAAUACCUCAGAAAGAAACAAAAAAGGAGCCUCGCAAGAUCAUGCUGAAUGAUGCAUCUGAUUUUGAGAAGUAUCUGGCUGAUCAGGCAAAAAUGGCUGCAAUACGGAGGAAGUCUUCCACGAAAAGAGCCAAGCAGAGAAAACCGGCAGUUCCUGACCAGGCCGAAACUAAGAUAUCAGUUGGCAAAACUCAAAACCCAAAAGGUUUCCCAAAGCAAAAUAGCACUGUGUCAAGAACAGACCGCAAACUGAAAAAACAUUUGCAGAAACUGCAGCACAAGACUCUUGAGAUUAAAUUUAAGGCCGGUGCUCCAGCCAAGAAAAAUUCCCUGCAAGAUCUGCUGAGAGGGCAAGAAGACAAAGGUUCAGACAGUGAAGAGUCACUUUAUGUUCCUGAUGAGGAGUUACUUUAUCCAGACGAAAUUGGUAACAGCAGUGAUGAAGUAUCUGAUAAUGACAGGUUUAAGAAAGCAGCAAAGAAAAGGCAAAAACACAACCGCUCAGGUGAAGAUUUUUCACCAAGCUCUGGAGAAGAUGAAUCGAGACGCAGGAUAAAAGCACACAAGGACGAUGGAAAUGAGGAGCUCUACAGGAAAAGAUUGAGGAAAUGGAAAAGGAAGAGGCUGCUGGAAAAGGAAGAGCAGCAAGCUCAUGGCGAAGAUGCUGAGUCCGAUGAAAGCGACGCAGAGUUUGAUGAGGGGUUCAAAGUGCCUGGCUUCUUUUGGAGAAAGCUGUACAAGUAUCAGCAGACAGGUGUUCGGUGGCUUUGGGAAUUACACUGCCAACAGGCAGGAGGAAUUUUGGGAGAUGAAAUGGGACUAGGCAAGACCAUCCAGAUAAUUGCCUUUUUGGCAGGCCUGAGCUACAGCAAGAUAAGGACACGAGGCUCAAAUUACAGAUAUGAGGGCUUGGGACCUGUGGUCAUUGUUUGCCCGGCAACAGUGAUGCACCAGUGGGUGAAAGAAUUCCACACAUGGUGGCCGCCAUUCAGAGUGGCAGUCCUGCACGAGACAGGUUCCUUCACCAGCAGGAAGGAGAGGCUCAUUCGAGAAAUCGCAGCAUGUAACGGUAUUCUGAUCACCUCGUAUUCCUAUGUCCGAAUUAUGCAGGAGUCCAUUGCGUACUAUGAUUGGCAUUAUGUAAUUUUGGAUGAAGGGCACAAAAUACGAAACCCAAAUGCUGCAAUUACUGUUGCAUGUAAACAGUUUCGCACUCCCCAUCGCAUUAUCCUGUCUGGUUCACCGAUGCAGAAUAACUUGAAGGAGCUCUGGUCUUUGUUUGACUUUGUUUUUCCAGGAAAGCUAGGAACAUUGCCAGUGUUCAUGGAACAAUUUUCUGUCCCUAUCACAAUGGGAGGCUAUCAAAAUGCCUCACCCGUUCAGGUGCAAACUGCCUAUAAGUGUGCUUGUGUUUUACGGGACACCAUAAAUCCGUACUUGCUGCGACGAAUAAAAGCAGAUGUAAAAAUGAAUCUGGCAUUGCCAGACAAGAAUGAACAGGUUCUGUUUUGUCGCUUAACAGAGGAACAACGUGAAGUCUACCAAAACUUCAUUGAUUCCAAGGAAGUUUAUCAGAUUCUCAACAGAGAAAUGCAGGUAUUCUCUGGCCUGAUAGCUCUCAGAAAGAUCUGUAAUCACCCAGACCUAUUUUCUGGUGGCCCCAAGAUCCUGAAGGGGGUGCCAGAUGAGCAGCUGACAGAGGAAGAGCACUUUGGGUAUUGGAAGCGAUCUGGAAAGAUGAUUGUAGUCAAUGCUUUGCUAAAGCUGUGGUACAAACAAGGACAUCGAGUACUUCUUUUCUCUCAAUCCCGACAGAUGUUGGACAUCUUGGAAGUGUUUAUUCGAAAUCUCGACUAUUCAUAUCUUAAAAUGGAUGGAACAACUACAGUGGGCUCUAGACAGACACUCAUUUCUAGAUACAAUGAGAAUUCCUCUAUAUUUGUCUUCCUCCUCACAACUAGAGUUGGUGGUUUGGGAGUUAACUUGACAGGAGCAAACCGAGUUAUUAUCUACGACCCUGACUGGAACCCGAGCACUGACACACAGGCCCGAGAGCGUGCCUGGAGGAUAGGCCAAAAGAAACAGGUUACUAUUUACAGGUUACUAACAGCCGGGUCAAUUGAAGAAAAAAUCUACCACAGGCAAAUUUUCAAGCAGUUCCUGACUAAUCGAGUAUUGAAGGACCCAAAGCAGAGACGGUUUUUCAAAUCUAAUGAUCUUGUAGAGCUUUUCACAUUAAGCAGUCCAGAUGGUACUCAGGGAACAGAAACAAGUGCAAUUUUUGCAGGCACAGGUUCAGAUGUUUAUGCACCUACCGGAAGAAAACCUGGGAAAAUCUCCAGUUCAUUCGGGAAGACAAAUGACUCGCCACCAUAUCAAGAUUCCAGCAAGCAAGCCAUGUUACCACCUGAUUUGUCUCUCCAAUGCCGUUCAGACAAAAGUCGAUCAGGAAAACUUUCUCUUAACCCACAAAAUGAAAUAAAAGCGAACAGUGUUUUUAGCAUUGAUGAAACUGUCACUGAGGUAAAGCAGGAAAUAAAAAGUGCUGAAUUUCCAACUGUUUCAGAGUCUGAAUAUGAAAGGCUUGAUCAACCAACCAAUUCUGCACCUAAGGAAACUGACAACAAUAAUGCAGAAUCUACACUCAGCAAUAAAGCUGGACUACUUAAUCAUGACCGCAAACAAGGACAAAUCAUUCUGGACGAGGACAGGAAAGACUGCAAUCUGACCUCAGAAAAACUGCAAAAUACAAGUGGUGCUGCCUUAGGAGAAACUAGUAGCAGCAAUAAACUUCAUCAUAAACGCCAGUCCAAAACAAAACAUCAAAUAACUGAGGGUGAGCAUGAUGAUGCUCUUUCAGUGUAUAAGCACAAACACAGAAAACACAAACGCCAGAAAGAUGCAUAUUUUGAAGGUGAGCGUAUUCCCCACUUGGUUAAAAGGAAGAAACUCAAAACGAGGGACCGUGAGGAAGAGCAAAAAGAAAAGGAAGUCUGCAGGCAGAGUGAUGAUUAUGUGUUGGAAAAGCUCUUCAAAAGAUCUGGAAUCCAUAGUGUGAUGAAGCAUGAUGUUAUUAUGGAGUCAUCCAACCCUGAUUAUGUAUUGGUUGAAGCAGAAGCUAAUCGUGUUGCUCAGGAGGCUUUGAAAGCAUUGAAGGCCUCAAGACAGCGUUGCCUGGGUGUCUCCUCUGGUGUGCCGUCUAGGAUCAAUAGCAGUCAGCUGUCAGGCACAACUGCUGCUAUAAAGCCAAGAUUUGGUCAGAAGAAAAACCCACUGCUUCCAACUAGCAGCUCUUCUUCCAAAUGCAUUCCAGAAAAAUGCAAGGAUGCUGCUGUCGUUGAAAAGGACGAAGCUGGCAAGUCUCAUUUCAGUGGCGUUCCAACAGAGGAGGAGGCAGGUCGCAUGCUCCCAUCCUCUUCCUCGUUACUGGCCAAAAUGCGAGCAAGAAAUCACUUGACUUUGUCUCAAAGCCUUGAAAGUGAUGAGAGCUCUGAGCCCACGGCAGUGCCCCCACCUGUUCCAACUGAGCAUGAUGAGCUCUUGGUGGAAAUGAGGAACUUCAUUGCAUUCCAGGCUAGUGUUGAUGGGCAAGCCACAACUGCUGAGUUGUUACAAGAGUUUCAGUCCAAGUUAUCACCUGCUCAGACAGUUGUUUUCCGAGAACUUCUAAGAAACUUGUGCACUUUCCACAGAAAUGCGUCUGGUGAUGGAAUUUGGACACUGAAACAAGAAUUUCAAUGAAUAUUCCUGGUGCUGCUAAUAAUCAUGUCAGCAGUGUCACUGAGAGCUAACUUUAAUUGCUGCUACGCAAUGCAAUAAUUUCAGUAAGAAGGCUUGAAUUAUCCAUGACAUAUUUGUGUUGUCAAAAAGAAAACUUGACGAUAUAGAACUGAUUUCAGUUUACUCCUCUGCAGGGACAAAAUUUAAUACUGAAAGAAAAAACUGCAACAAAGCUGUAUUUUUUUGCCAGUGGCACAAACUUAAAAGAAGGAGUUUUAAUUUGGGUUCUUUUUCUUGGAAAUUCAAUGUUGACAAGUUGCUAUGGACCUGAUAUGAAAAAGAACAUUUAAAAUUGUGUUGUGUCAAGUUUAAAUUCAUGAUUUCAAAGCACUUACUUUUUAGUCUUGAUUAUCACCAUAUUUAGUUUUGAUCCUAAAAUUUCUGAAAUUUUUCACUUAUUGAUGACCUGUUUUCAUUGGAAGACAAGCUUGUUUACCAUGGAGAAUGUUUAAUCAGCAUAGCACAGUUAUAUUGGUAAAUAGUACACAAUUGUAAAUGUCAAUUAGAAACUAAAUGCAUACAAACAUCUUAAAUAAACCAAAGUUUUUUUUAUUUUGCUAAGAAUUUCUUUUUGUUUCAUUGAACUGGUUUUUGAGGAAUAAAUAAAUAUAACCUGAAAAUAAUCAGAACAUGGGUUAAAAUUGUAAAUUUUAGUAUGGAAGAUUGGAUUGGUCAGUGAAAAUAAUAUUUGUUUUCUUUGUGUGCUAUAAAAAAUCCACUAUAAGACAAUAAGAUAUAACACAAUGCCAAUAUGCAUUUUGCAAUAAUACAUUAUCUAUGAUUGCUCCACUACCUCUACUUCACUUCCAUUUGAACUGCUUGAUUUUAUUUUCACAGUUCUAGCAAGCAUAAUUUGAAAAUUUCUGGCCCCAAUGUUUUGCAGUUCUUCCUUUUCCCUGUGAGCUGCUGAAAUCUCAAGACUUGAAUUUAUGUAGCACCUUAUCACAUCCUCAGGGCAUUUGAAAAUGCUGUUUGGCCAGUGAGCCAUGUUUUGAGGUGGUAAUCAUUCUAAUGCAACGGCCAACCUAAGCAGAAAGAAAACAUCUACAAACACCAAAUGAAUCAGUGACCAGGUCAUCUAGUUUUUGUUAGUCUUAGUCAAAACAUUAAGAUAUUUUCUUGUACUUCUUUGAGUGGUGCUUUGAGGUCCUUCUGAGUACGUGAAGUUUAGGUCUGAUGUCUCAACACCUUUGAUUGUACAGCUGUUCCUCAGUUCCAGAGCCAAUUGACUGUAGGUGAGACGAGGACCACAAUCUGAUGAUUCAUGUACAAGUGUUAGCAACUUCCACUAAAAAUUAAAAGACCUAGUUUCCAUAAAAAGAAACACUGACAACUUUCAGUUUCUUCAGUAGCAUCAAAAGUUAUACCCUUAGCUUUGAACCAAUUUGGAUUUUUUUAAUGUCUUUUAUACAUUGCUGUUUCAGUGUUGAACAUAACUAACUUACGUGAGGUGUUGAAAUUAGGAUUUGAACAAGAGUUUGACUCCUUACAUUGACAACAAUGGAUCCUCUUUGUUAAUGUGCAGUUCAGUCCUGCAGUAUCUUCCAACUUUAUCUUCAAAAAGAAUUUAGUUCUUUCACCUCACUUAGGUCUUUUAAGGCUGAAUUCUGAAAAGAAUUAAGAGACAACUCACAUAACAUAUUGAGAAUUGUCCAAUGUUUCAUUGUAGAAUUAAAUUAUUUCAAACCUUUUUUGGAGGCAUUUAACCUUCUGUGGAGAUAGUUUAAUAGUACCGUAUUGAAAGUCCUCAAUACUUUGACUGAAAAUGAAAAGUUAAACAAUGCUUCAUUAGCAGCUGUUUAAAUAAAACUGCUCAUUGGACUUAGUCUGUGGGCUAAUCCAAGUGAGGAUGGGAAAAUCUCUCUGUCAGUAAGUUUGGUGAGAAACCUCUAGCUCUAUAAUGAGGGAACUUUUUUAAAAAAUUAUCAGCAGGAGAGGUUCAUCUGUUGCUUCUAACAAUGCACAAUUGCAGUCAACAUCUAAAUAAUUUGCCAGACCUUGCUGCAAAUGAAACUAUUUGUUACUGUGUACACUAAUUAAUGUCCAAUUUUCAUACAGUUUCCUGAAAUGUUGUGGUUGGUUGGCUCACUGAACUCGUUCGUUGUUCCGCAGAUGUUUCAUUACCUUGCUGGGUAACAUCAUCAGUGUAGCCUCUGAUAAAACAAUCUUGAGUUUUCCCACAUGUUAUUUAAACUCUGGUGUUCGUUGAGCUGGAUUACCUCACUACUGGUUUUCCUUUGCAGUGGAGUGUAUAUGGGGUCUAGCUGUAUGUGUUUGUUGAUGGCUUUCUUAGUGGAGUACCAAGCUUCUAGGGAUUCCCGUGCUUGUCUCUGCUUUUCCUGUCCCACAGUCCUGUCGUUGUCCCAGUCAAAUUGAUGGUUCUCCUUAUCCACGUGGAUAGCGAUGAGUGAGUAUUGGUCGUGUCUUUUUGUUGUCAGUUGAUGUUCAUGUAGCCAUGUGGUUAAUUUCCUUCCUGUUUGUCCAAUGGAGUGUUUGUCACAGUCUCUGCAGGCAAUCUUGAAUAAGACAUUGGUCUUGUCCAUUGUGGGUAGUGGGUUUUGGUCCAGGUGAGCAGUUGGCAUAGGGUGGAUGUGGGUUUGUGUGCUACUCCAGUGCCCAGAUGUGUUCCUGAUACAAGGAGCAUGGUGAGUGUGUUGGGCCGUGUAGUAUCUUCCUGGUGUAGUUCGUGUAAUAGGCAUCUUCUGACACACUUUUGGGUAUCCAUCGUCUUUGAACACCUGGAGGAGAGGUACUCCUCGGCGUAGUUCUGUGCUGCUGCAGUGUGAUGCCCAUUUAAAUAAUGUUCUCAAGCAUGUUCGUUUUUGUGUAUUAGGGUGGUUGCUGUUGAAAUUCAGUCAGUGUGUGUGCCUUGCCUGUGUACCUUUGUUAGGAAUUCCACAUUUGUCCUGCGUUCCACCAUGACAUCCAGGAAUGGGAGCUGUUCGUUCUUCUCCUCUUCUCUGGUGAAUCUGAUCCCAGUAAGGGUUUGAUUAUUAGUUUGUAUGUCUCCUUUGGUUUAGUUCGUUUAAUAAUGAUGAAGAUAUCGUCCAUGUAGCGUAUCCAUAGUUUUGGUUGGAUUAGCGAAGGGCCAUAUUUUCAAGCGUCUGCAUCACUGCUUCAGCUAAUAGUCCGGAGACAGGUGAUCCCAUGGUUGUCCCAUUGAUCUGUUUGUAUAUUUGGCUGUUAAAGGUGAAGUGGGUGGUAAGGUAUAACUAGCUUCUUAAUGUUGUCUGUGGUGUUUUAGUAGUGUUGUCAUUGCUUCUCUUGCCAGUGGUAUGUCGAUUGAUGUGAAUAGGGCAAUAAUGUCAAAUGAUACCAUGGUCUCGUCGUCAUCUAUUCUUAUGUCCUUGAUGGAAUUGAGGAACACUUGGGUUGAGUGGAUUCAGUGGCAUGAUUUGCUGACGAGGUGCUUUAGUCUUCUUUGUCGCUCCUUGAGUAAUUUAUGUGAUGAUGUGCCUGGCAGGGAGACGAUGGAUCUGAGGGGUACUUCCAAUUUGUGUACCUUCGGGAGGCCGUAGAAUCUUAUUUUGGCCGGGGCGGGGGAGGUGGCGGGGGCAUUACUUCCUUCAGGUUUCAUUCUUAAGAAGCCUGCUUUGUUGAUCUGUCCGGUCUGUUUGAGCCUCUUUAGUGCGUUGAGAAUCUUUUUGCCCAGUUGUAGUGUUGGGUCUAUCUGCACUUGCCAGUAUGUGUUCUUGUCGUCUAGUAGUGUAUGUGCUCUGGAGAAGUAUUCCCUUUUAUUUAGAUUUAGUUUAUUAUUUGUUAUUAUUUAGUUUAAGUAACAGGUGGGAAAACGCAACAGCGCUUUAUCAGAGGCUGCACUGGUGAUGUUACCCAGCAGACUAAUGAAAUGAACCAGGUCGGCGAACCAACCAACCACAACAUCCACAACCCGAGCAAUAUACCUACUCUAAAAUGUCAGAGUUUGCAGAAAUUGCAGAAAGAAAUCCACCAAACAAGCUAAUGUGUAAAUUUGAAUUCCUGUUGUGCAUUUUAAACAGGUGAACAAAAAAUUAUACGCAAUUACAAAACGUACAAUUGUUCAUAUGCUCUAAUUUGAAAUCUUGCAAUGAGUAAUUGCAACAAUGAUGUUGCCACAUUUGCUUUACAAAUGCAGCACUGCCCUCUAAUUAGCUGAUCUAAUGCAUAAGGUGCCAUAAAGUUGUCACGGUGGUUGUUGAUGUGUUGUAAUGUCAAUGACAAGGUUAUUUGUGUAUUUCAGUUGAAUUUUCAAAGCAUUAAAAUAUUAGGAAAAACCUCUUUUAGCAAGUGAAGUUUCACAUGACACCAACUUUUGAGGUUCUAUUUGGGUAUCAUUUCAAUAUCCUGAAUUGGUGAUAAUUUCAUGAAAGAUUUAAUAUUUUAGAUGGUAUAUGUUUGCUUUGUUCCUUGUAGAAAAUACAUGAAAAUGCUUUAUUAUAAUUGGCAAGUAGGCCGGUGAUUGUGGAAGAACUUUUGGAAGUAGAUGAAUAAAUUAUAUCAAACAAUGCAGAGUGGGAUGAGGGCUUGGCAGAACUCUGUGUAAAAGAUUAGGUUUUGGAUUGGAACAAGUCUUAAUUCUGAAAGUACAUUUCAACUUCUUCAGCUUUACAAAUGUGCAUUAUUAUCAUAUUAACUUCCUGCCAAUAGGACAUUCUAAGAAGGCAACGUUGGAACAUAAUUUCUAAUUCUCCACCUUUGCAACCUCUGCAAAUGAAAUUUUAUUAAAUCAUUCCUUUGUUUGAAUAUAACUUUUUUGUACUUGAUAUAAUUGAGGAGCAUGUAUUUACCACUAGGGCAUGCAUUUAAAAUACUGCUUUUGAAACACAUUUACUUAUCAUUUCUCAUAGCAUUGCUAAUAUACAUGACAAUAUUGGUUACUGGCUUAAAUAUUAGGAAAUGCAGUAUGUAUCUGAAUAAAGUUUCUGAAGUGAACUAUGAUCUCUAUGAUGAACCAAAUACCCAGGGAAUGAUUUUUGAAUGGAGUUGAAUUUUUAAUUUUUUUUUCUUGCCUUUGAUACCUUUACAUUCCUGUACAGUUUAAUCAAUGCGAUGUUGCUCUGACAUUUGAAUACUGCCUCUUAAAUACAAGAUGUCCACUUUAAAACAUGUUGUUGAAUAGAUUAACUGCUCGGAAGCCUCAAAAGC